AAACUUCCGAGGCCAAACAAGGUGAACGACAUUCCAUCCAUUCUGAACAACCGUCGGUUGGAAAUAAGGCGUCGGCACAUGCACUCGUCCUGAACAGAGUUCGGCCCUCUCAAGCCUGGGAUCCGUCCGGUUUGUAGCUCAUUCACUGCUCUCACUUAGUGUGUAGUCCAACAGUUGGGCUGCUCCGAAAACACCUUGACAGUGCUCCCAUUGCUCUGUUUCUGCAUCAGCUUCACUGGGAAAGCCAGUCUCUCCACAUCCUCACCAUGUCCGCCGCGGAAGAUGCUGUCGAGAGUGACCCACUCGACAGCAUUGCACAGAGCGAGUAUCCGGGCGGCCCACGCCUAGCAGCUAUCAUUACUGCGCUAGUUCUCAGCAUUUUCCUGGCUUCGUUGGAUACGACCAUCAUCACUACAGCCAUUCCGUCUAUCACGAACGAGUUCCACAGCCUCGAAGAUGUUGGAUGGUAUGGUUCAGCCAUGUUCUUCCCAUUGGCAGCGACUCAGUCCGUUUGGGGCAAGGCCUUCAAAUAUUUCCCUGUCAAACAUGUCUUCCUCCUGGGUAUCUUGAUAUUUGAAAUUGGCAGUCUGAUAUGUGCACUUGCACCAAACAGCAAUGCCUUCAUUGCUGGGCGAGCUGUUACAGGCGCAGGCUGUGCUGGAGUCUUUGCUGGUUGUUUCAUCAUAAUUUCUUUAUCCUCUAGACCUCGAAUUAGACCGGCAAUGACCAGCGCCCUCUCCGCCACGUUUGCCGUAGCGUCUGUGGUGGGACCAUUGAUCGGAGGUGCAUUCACGCAAAACGCGACUUGGCGAUGGUGCUUUUACAUCAAUCUUCCCUGUGGACUAGUCGCAGCCAUCGCGAUGAUCUUUGCAUUUCACGCCCCAAAAGCAGCGGCGCCGAUCCAGGCAUCCCUCAAGGAAAAGCUGUUGCAGAUGGACCUCCCCGGUGCAGUCCUCAUCUGCGCCACUAUUGUGUGCUUCACGCUCGCGCUGCGAUGGGCUGGCGUGGAGAAGGCCUGGGCCGACUCCGAAGUUGUGGGCACCUUGGUCGCGACGCCGAUAUUCCUAAUCUUGUUUGCCCUCGACCAGUGGUUCCAGAGAGACAGGGCGCUCAUCAUGCCAAGUUUCUUGAAAAAUCGGGUCUUGGUCGUCGGUGCUGUUUUUGAGUUCUUCAUCGCUGGGUGCUUCAACCUGGCCCUAUUCUACCUUCCCAUCUACUUCCAGGCAGUCCGGGGCGUUUCGGCCAUUGACUCCGGAGUCCGUCUCAUUCCGGUCAUUUUGGGCCUGACCAUCACGCAAAUCGUUGUCGGUGGCCUCAUCAGUGCCACUGGCAUUCACAAUCCAUUCCUGAUCAUGGGGCCUGCUAUAGCGGCGGUUGGUUCAGGAUUAUUCAUGCUGCUUCACGAACAAUCCAGCAACGGUGAAUGGAUUGGAUUUCAAAUAGUGCUUGGUAUAGGGGUUGGCUUCUGUCUCACCAUACCUCUCAUGUUAUCCCAGGUCGUGGUUGAGACGAAAGACGUGUCAACAGCGACGCCUAUCAUUAUCUUUGCACAAUCAAUGGGAAGUGCUUUUUUACUUCCCACGGCUCAAGCUGUAUUCCAGAAUCAGCUUAUUAAGGCGCUCCGUGAAUUCGCUCCAGAAAUGAAUCCGCUCGUAGUUCUGGCUGCCGGUGCAAAUAGCGAAGCUAUCUCGAGUCUACCUACCGCUAGCCAUGGGGGUAUUCUGCAGAGCUACGCCAUGGCACUGCGAUUAACCUUCGCUAUUGGUAUUCCGUUCGCCGGGAUAGCGCUCCUGGUCAGCCUCUUCAUGCCCUGGUUUAAAUAUCAUAGUGCGGCGGACAAGCCAACUGCCAACAAACCGUCAGGUCAAGCAGAAAAGGGGAGUGAAGUGGACAGUGGGAAAGUUACUGGUGACAAUGAAAUUGCGAAGUGAUUGAGGAAGGGCGUGAAUAAGUGAUUUACAUAGACUUGAAUAUAAUGUACCUGCAACACGCAAGCGAAACUCG